GCCGGUCCUUCCCCGGGGCCGGUCCUUCCCCGGGGCCGGCCCGCUCCUCCCCGCUCCGCCCCCGGGCCCGCCCGUCCCGCCAUGGCGGCGGCCUUCACCGCCCUCCGCGUCUUCCUCGGGCUCUUCUUCCUCCUGACCGGCGUCCUGAAGCUCUCGGACCGGCUCUCGGCCGACCUGCACCGGCACAUGGCGUCGGAGUUCGUGCGCUUUGCCAAGGUGUUUCCCCUGAAGGAGUUGGGGUUCGUGCCGGAGCCAGGCGGGUACCUGGCGGCCGUGGGCUGGGUGGAGGCGACGGCCGGGCUGCUGCUGGCACUUGGGCCCCAACUGCUGCAGGAGAUCAGCAACUUCGUCCUCAGCGUCGUCAUGAUCGGUGCCAUCUACACGCUGCUGGCGCUGCGGGAGCCGCUGGCCAUGUGUGCCCCGGCCACCCUCUGCCUCGGCCUCCUCCUGCUGCUCAACAUCCGCGGGUACCCGGCUGCCCCCCGGCCCAAGUUCGAGUGACCGGAGGCGGGAAGGACGGAUGGCUCGGACGGCGGGAAGCGAUGCCUGCGUGAUAUUUUCAGGGAUGGCAUCGCUUCCUGCAUGGUAACUUGCUGCUGAGGCCCGGUGUGUCCUCUCCUGCCUCUGCCAGGGACCCUGGUGCUGGUUGUCCCCAUGCUGUGGGCUGGUGCUGUGGGCUGGGGCCGUGGCACCACUGUGACACUGCCGUGGCACCGCCGCCGCUCCGGCAGCUCCGUUGCUAAACUUGCACAAGGUGUCUGGCUCUUCCCGGCGUUUGGCCACGCCGAGCAGGGGCUGGCUCUGCUCUCCUGGGGGCUUUCGUAUUUUGGAAUAAACCCUCUUGUUUUUCA